AUGGCCUCAAUCCCAUCCCUGGCCCGGCCACUCCUCCGCUUACACCGCCCAGGGCUGCCCCUCCUGACCGUGAACUCUAAACUUCGGCGUUACAGUGGGGGGAGGGGGGGCAUGCGAGGUCGACGUGCAGUCUGCGAGUUGCGGGCAGGCAAUUCCGCAUACACGGCACCAUCGAGCACUGACCACGGCUCCGAAUCCUCUGUUCUCUCACCUCGCAACCGCCGUGCCAAGAAAAGGCGUCAUGGUCCAAGGUCAUGGCCUUCGGGGCUCUGGACUCUCAUCACUGACGAUACUCCGGAUUAUCCCUACUUGCUUCGGCAUCCAGGCCAUGUAAGACGAGAUGCCUCACUUUUUAGCCUUUCCAGCUUUCUGGUCUGGUUUGCUACCGGAUACUCGCAAACUUGGGCAGAGCUCGCAACACCCAGGCCAUCACCUGCAGCCGCUAACACGCCAUUUCGGGUCACUUGGGCCGCACAUUCCCUGGAACUCCCAAGCUGCCCUUGCGCUUCGCAUAGUUACGGGAUCCUCGCUUCCUCCAACACCCAGCUUGUGGAGGUUAUCCUGAACUCAACCGCCUAUCACAUGGCAUCAAGCGGGCAAGUGGGCUUCAGCAUGCAGCAUGUAGUUGCACUGGUAGUUGCAAUCGUACUUGCAGUUACACUCACGGUUGAGGACCGAGACACUACACUACCUUACGCAUACUUCGCCAACUGCAUCUUCCUGCUGUACAACCUUACACCGGCCGGAGUUGGACUACUUCUCAGGCAGUUGCAACACAGCACACGCGACGAAAGUCUGGAGUCUCCCGAAGCCACUUUACGCGACUACGCCGCAUGGAGUUUGGCGACUGUUUAG